AUGUCAUCGUCAUCAUGGACAGUGCAACUUGAUGACGCUGCAGGGCUUCACCAAGCAGCGGACCGCGCAGACGCGUACGAGGCACUACUGCAUUCCAUCUUGCAGCACGAGGUAGCCUCCUCGCUGCCUUCUGCCAUUCACAAAUACCUCCAAGCUGCUGCGCUUGAUAAGCGUAACGCAGCUGGCGCAGGAUUGCUGGUGGGCCGACGUGUGGUGAAGCAUAUGAUCACGAACAUAAUAGACGCAUCUAUAAGACCAGACCAUCCCUUGCAUGACACUACAUGCUUCCAGGCUGUACUAGCACAGAUUCUGACAUCUUGCGCAUCUUCCUCUGUGUACGAUGACGAAUUGGUGCCUGCUCGAUUGGCUCUAGCGAACGCAUAUGAACGUCAACAUGCUUAUGCACAGGCUGCACAGACUCUCCAAUCCAUCUCCCCUGACGCAGCUCAGCAUGCAACCGAGACAUCUUGGGCCGCGCUGUGUGUGCAUAGUCUGCGCCUCUUUUGGUUGGCACAGGAUUUACCUGCCGCUGAUCAGGCUUUGCGUCGCGCGAAUUCUGCGAUUCACUCAGUGCGUGAUGAUAUCAACCUUGUUCAUACCUACAAACUGUACCAAGCGCACACGUAUGCAGCCCAACAGCGUUACAUGGAGGCAGCUUCGCGAUUUUAUGACUUGGCGCUCUCCUCUGACGAUGCGCACGCACAACGGGCAGCACUAUGUGCCAUGCUGGCUACUCCUAGCAUCCAGCGCACAGAGUUGCUCACCAAGUGCCACGCAUGGCCCUCAUCACACUCGUGGCCUUUCCACACAGCGCUGGAGAAAGCAAUGCACAGUCGACUAUGGACAUCGGAAGACCAAGCAUCCCUGGUACCUUUCUUGACAAUCUAUGAUCACAUGUUGGUCCAUCAUGAUGUGGAAGCUUGGAAGUGGGCUAUUGCUAUGCACAAUAUAUUCGCUGCCAGUCGCACAUUCACGUCCAUUCCAUUUCAGCGUCUCGCUACGCUGGCGGGUGUAGAUAUAACGGCCUGUGUGAAGAUUCUGGCACAGUUACGCCUGCAAAACCAACUCUCAACCAACUGCACUAUCGAUCAGCGAACACAAGGUGUGUACUUCACGUCAUCCUUAGCGGCUUCCGAACGCUUAAAACGGAGCGAUGCUCGUAUUGGUGCAGCAUUGCAAGCACUAGAUACAGCACAUUCACGCUUAUCUACGUAG